ACCUACCAUAUUCUUUCUUCCCUUCUCUCUCCCUCGCCACUUGUUCUUUCGCCACCGCCCUCUCCCCGGGAUCACCGCUGCUUCCCAACGUUCUUCUUAACCAAAACCACUUCCCAAUUCCCAUCCCCCGCCCUCCAAAGCCUUCCACCCAAAACCAAUUAAAAAUCCGAGCUUUACGUCCCUCCUCCUCCGCGAUGCCGGCCCUGAACCGCCUCCUGAGAGCCGGCGCUGCCGCCCGUCCGCUGGCCGCGGCGGCGAGGGGGUGGCUCUCGUCCCUGGUCUCCUCGGAAGCGGACGCCCGCGUCCCGGCGAGCCUUGCCCGCCAGGGGCUGCCGGCAAGGAGGGAUCCCGGGAGCCGGAGCGUGCAGUGGGUGUUUCUCGGCUGCCCCGGCGUCGGGAAGGGCACCUAUGCCAGCCGCCUCUCCCAGCUCGUCGGCGUCCCCCACAUCGCCACCGGCGAUCUCGUCCGCGAGGAGCUCGCCUCCUCCAGCCCCCUCGCCCAACAGCUUGCUGAUAUUGUGAAUCAAGGCAAAUUGGUGUCAGAUGAGAUCAUCAUAAAUUUGUUGUCCAAACGUCUUGAAAGUGGAGCAGCUAAGGGUGAAUCAGGAUUCAUUCUUGAUGGUUUUCCACGAACAAUAAGACAAGCGGAAAUACUGGAGGGAGUGACAGAUAUUGACCUGGUUGUGAACCUUAAGCUUAGAGAAGAUGUACUGCUUGCAAAAUGCCUUGGUAGAAGGAUCUGCAGCCAGUGUGGUGGGAACUUCAAUGUUGCCUCCAUCGACAUCAAGGGUGAGAAUGGGAGACCUGGUAUAUUCAUGGCCCCACUUCUACCUCCUGCACAGUGCAUGACAAAGCUAGUUACUCGAUCUGAUGAUACUGAAGAGGUGGUAAAAGAACGAUUACGUAUAUACUAUGAAAUGAGCCAACCAGUGGAGGAGUUCUACCGCAGCCGAGGGAAGCUCUUAGAGUUUGAUUUGCCAGGAGGAAUCCCGGAGUCUUGGCCAAAGCUGUUGCAAGUUUUGAAUCUUGAAGACCAUGAUGACAAGCAAUCUGCAGCAGCAUGAUCAUAAGUCAAAGGUCCAGGUGUCUUGUACGUGCUUGGUAUUUUUCAGUAAUUUUUUUGAACAAAAUUUUAAACUCAGCCCCCCAUUUAUGAAGGCAUCAAUUGGCUUGUGCUUUAUUUAUUGAGGGAAAGGUGUAAUAUGGAAGUAAUAGGAUGGUUUGAGAUUAUGAGUGCUGAAUUAUUUUAUUUUUUUUUCCUGAUAGAACUAAUUUGAUGUAUGUAGUAAUUUUGAUCUUACAGGAAUUGAAUUUAUGCUGAGCAAGUUCCUAA